AUGGCGUGUCGCGGCGGCUGCUGCUCCAGCGCGGGUCGCCUGAACGCGGACAACGCGCGGUUCCUCCUGCUGGCGGUGCUGAUUGUGUUGUACAUGCUGUGCGGCGCCGCCGUCUUCUCGGCCAUCGAACUGCCCACGGAGCGAGAGGCCAAGGAGCGCUGGGAGGAGCGGCUGGAGAACUUCACCCGGCGCCACAACCUCAGCCGCACCGAGCUCCGGCACUUCCUCCGGGAGUACGAGGAGGCUAGCGUGGCCGGCAUCCGCGUCGAUGACAUCCGGCCCCGAUGGGAUUUCACCGGUGCUUUCUACUUCGUGGGCACCGUUGUUUCCACUAUCGGGUUCGGCAUGACCACCCCAGCCACCGUUGGAGGCAAAAUUUUCCUGAUAUUUUAUGGCCUUAUAGGAUGUGCAGGGACCAUUUUGUUCUUUAACCUGUUCCUGGAGCGCUUGAUCACUGUCAUAGCCUACGUUAUGAAGUCCUGCCAUGAGCGACAGCUGAGGAGGAAAGGGGUCCUCCCUCACAAUGGCCGACGGGGCUCAGGGACCUCUGAGGUGGACAGCCUGGCAGGCUGGAAGCCCUCUGUGUACUAUGUCAUGCUGAUUUUAUGUGUAGCAUCACUCAUUAUUUCCUGCUGUGCCUCUGCAAUGUACACACCAAUUGAAGGGUGGAGUUACUUUGACUCACUUUACUUCUGCUUCGUGGCCUUCAGCACCAUCGGUUUUGGUGAUCUGGUCAGUAGCCAGAACAUCAAGUAUGAGAGCCAAGGCCUUUACCGCUUUGGCAAUUUUGUCUUCAUACUUAUGGGAGUGUGCUGCAUCUAUUCCUUAUUUAAUGUGAUCUCUAUUAUCAUCAAACAAUCUAUAAACUGGAUAUUAAAGAAGCUGGACUCUAGGUGCUGCCACAGGUGCCAAAGAAAAUUACUUCGUUCACGGCGGAAUGUAGUAAUGCCAGGAAACGUGCGCAGCAGGAGGAACAUCUCCAUCGAGACCGAUGUCGUCAAUGAGAGUGACACAGAUGGACGCCGGUUGUCAGGCGAAAUGAUCUCCAUGAAAGACUUCCUGGCCUCCAAUAAAGUCUCACUGGCCAUCAUGCAGAAACAGCUGUCAGAAACUGCUAAUGGCUAUCCAAGGCAAAUGAGCUCUAACUCAAAGCAAAAUGGAUUCUCUGGUGGAGUUGGAGCCCUAGCAAUUAUGAAUAACAGACUGGUAGAGACAAGUGUGGAUAGGUAAAAUAAUAGCAGUGAAAGAGUGUGAAACACUUCGGCAAGUAUAGAAACAACAUGAAUCAAGCAGAAAUAGCAAGGCAGAGAGUGUCUCCAGAGGGUGGGAUGGAUGUGAACAGCAUACCUCCUUUUGGAAGACUUUUUUUUGGGGUUGUCACUUAAAGUCUUUGCUCUUUGAAUUGUACCAGUCUCAGCCUUCCUUCCUCCCCUUCCUUCUCUUCCUCAAGCAGGUCACUGUAGGAGAAAUGUAAUUUAUCCUUGAGAUCAAUCUUCCAUGUCCUCUUCUCCCCCAAUGUGAAAUGAAGAUUUCAGGAUAAGAAAUCUGUGGUAUAGGAAGAAGCCAAAUGUGUUAUUUCAAAGAUUGUUCUGAGCUUUCUGUCUUACCCUUGUCAUAUCUGUUUUCUCAAAGUAGCUUCUCUGAGACCAAAAGAGAGGGAUCAGCCUUUCUCUGUGAUAUUGCAGAUCUAAUUCAAUGGAUUGGA